UACGGUGUUUUGGAAAUAGAAAACGUCAACUAAAAACUAUUUACAAAAAUGUAGAAAAUGUAUAUCUGUUUUGUUUAUUUAUAAUAUUUAAUGCGAUGGUAAAAGACGAACAGUGAUUACGGUCUGUUAUUUUUGUGGUAAAUUUCUGUUAGCCAAAACAUAAUGUUCAGCAAAAAGAAUCUUGUAGAUGUUAAAAAAUCUACAACUAAACUUCAGGAUCCUAAAAAGGAUGUAGCCACACGGAUUAAGCAUUUAAAAUUGAUAUUGGACAAUGUAGACACUUCUGAAGCUAAGGGAUUAUUUGAAGCAAACUUUAGUCAUAUUUAUAAUAUACUUUACGAAAGCUUUCUUCAAAUGGAAUCUAAUCUCAGACAAAGAGUUCAUAAAGCUCAUAAAGAAGAACUGGACUGUACUCUUUGGAUUCUUGAACAAGUUAUUUGUCUUCUACCAGAGUUGAUUCACAGAAGAUGGCAGUUACAUUCUUUGGGCCGAAUGAUAGCAAAAUUAUUGCAUUCUGGAAAUUCAAUAAAAUUAAGAAGACAAGGAAUUAAAUAUUUCCUAAUGUGGUACCAGGCAUUAAAUGAUAAUGCUCCUGAGUAUGUACACAAGAUGUUUGCAUCUUUAGUACCUACUUUUAAUAAUCAUAUAAUAACUGCAACUUCGCACACAUCUGGAAGCAUAUUUCAUGAUGCUCAGCUACCUGUUAGUGCACCUGAAAUGCUUCCUAUUUUACCACCAUCUAGUGGGGAAAAGCCUCCAGAACAUCCCAGCAGGUUCUACUUAGAAUGUUUAUUAGAUAAUAUGGUUCACACAGUUAUUAAACUUGAAUGGCAAGACAAAUCAUCUCAUCAUCAUCAAUGUUUCAGUUUUUUAUUAGAACAAUUUAAAACUUAUUAUCUACCAAAGAUUUGUCCUAGUUUUAAUGUUGAAACAUCUUUAUACCGGCCUAAUUUAGAAUUACCCCUAAUGAGAAAAAUGGAAAAUGAAACUGAUUUUGUUUUUUGUCGCGUUUCUUUGAUUAUGUGGUUAACAAGUUACAUGCAUCAUGUAAGGAGGCCAACAGAUCAUCAAGGUUACCAGCACCAUCCUUCUCAACAUUCCCAUUCUGGUGGAAAUACCCAUCAAACACCACAAAGUCAUGAUGAAGAUAAUGAUUCUUCUCAUCCCAGCUUAGAUUCAAACAUUUCAAUGAAUACUAACAAAGCUGCUACAGAUGAAGAACUUACACAUCAGAUAGUGCGAGAUGUAUUAUGCUCAAAUCGUGAUAAUAUUAAUUUUAUUCAUGAAAUAUAUCGCCAAGCUUUACUACUUAACUUCAGCCAUGUUGUUGCUGUUAGAAAGAUUAUUCAAGUCUACAAAGAUUUAAUUCAAGGGAAUGUAACUGAUUUACCACCUUAUGCAUUGGAGCCUCCUGACGACACAAUCAGAGGUCAACAAGAGAUCUCUGAUAAUGGUAGAAUGGGGAGACUAAGAAAUGAUUCUUAUCUAGGAGCUAUUCAUAAAGAGAAUGUGUUAGUGAGAGCUGGGAUGCAGAAUCUUUAUCAGCUUUUUAUGACACACGCAGCCAAUGUAUUUUUGUUGGAAGGAAACCCGCAUAUUCCUAGAUUGUUGGAAGAACAAACUGAUGCUUGUAAACGUGUACUUAAUAUUUAUAGGUUUAUGGUUAUGAAUGUAAGGAUGGAUAGCAACACAUGGGAACAAUUAUUAGUUGUUUUGCUGCAAAUAACAUCUCUGGUUCUUGGAGAGACUCCUCCAAAAAAGAAAAUACUCACCUUAGGUGGAAAAUUAGCUCCAGCAAUAUUUCAAACACUCAUUGUUACCUGGAUCAAAGCAAAUCUGAAUGUAGCCAUAUCUAGAGAACUUUGGGACAGGUUUUUGGAUGUUUUAACGUCCCUGACAAACUGGGAAGAACUUAUCAAGGAAUGGGCUAAAACUAUGGAGACUUUAACGCGCGUUUUGGCUAGACAUGUAUACAACUUAGACCUGACAAACUUACCUUUAGACAGACUGAUUGAUCAGAAAUCAAAGAGGUCCAGAAGAGUAGUUACCAAAUCUGAAAAUACUAUUCAUAACACCCCUUCUUUAACAUCAAACAUCCAGGCAGAGGCUCACACUACUGUCUGCAGACAGGAUUCAUCUCUACCUGAUGGGAACAUUUUUGCUUCAAAGAGACUCAGAUCUGGUCUGACAAGAAGUUAUAGCGAGACGAGUUUAAAUAUUAAAAGGAGAACGGUCGGAAAAUAUGUAUAUUCAAAGCAUAGAAGAUCACGGUCAUUGGAAAUGGUAGUACCUCAAGACACUGAAUCUACCGAUCGUACGAGAUCUCCAUCUCCUGCGCCAUCUAGUGGAAUUGAAAGCAACUCGAUCAAAGAUUCUCCCAUACAGCUCGAUGUACUGUCUGAAAAUAACUCUUUGGAACCUUCUGGUGAAAACAGAGGCGUCGUAUGUGGAGGUUCCAUAAGAGGCUGGCUUCCAGACGUGGCUGUCAUCCUAUGGAAACGCAUGCUAGGAGCUUUGGGUGAUGUCAAUCAAAUAACUGACUCCAAAUUACAUUCCCAAGUGUUCGAAUACCUAAUAAAACUGACGGAUAUUCUGAUUAAGAUUAAACAUAAUCAAGGUAUUUCAUUGGAUAAUAUGAGCACACCACAAUCGCCGGAACUGGUACCGCCUAUCACAUUGAUAUUACCUUGGUGUUUUGGAGCGUUAUGUUUGCCGGAUCGGUACGAGGGUGGAAAACUAAAUGCCCUGAGGCUGCUCAUAACCAUUAUACUUAACUGUGAUUCAAACUACAGGGUUUGCUUAUCGCAAUUUUAUUGCUCUAUUCAUACAGCUUUAACCAGUUCAUUAAAAUCCACAAAGAAUAUCUCUAUAAAAUAUCUUGGGCCCCGUUUUUUAUCUCUACAAUUACCUGGAUCAUCUCUUUUAUUUCUGGAUGUGGUCUAUGCCUGUAACGAAAUUUUAAAUACGUCUGACAAACAGGAAUCCAUACCUCGAAUUGAAGCAGUCUCGAUAUUGACGAACUUACUUAGUUUACCAGACGAUUUGAGCUCGAUAUCUGUACUUCAGCCCGAGCCUAAUAUCAGUAUUGUAAAUAAUUGUCCUGAUAUCAAGGAACAUGUUGUCAGUAUUUUAUUAAAGGCAGGUAGGAGAGAACCAAUAGGUAAAGCAAGAUGUAUUGCUUUAUCAGGGUUGGGUAUGUUUAUAUAUAAAGAACUUACCAAUCAUACAUUCCAUGGGAAAGUGGUUGAAGCCCUUAAUGUUCUUCUGAUGGCUUUAAAGUUCAAUAAUAAGAUGAUAGCCCAGUUUGCCGCAGACUUAUUGUUUCUCUUAUGCGAUUACGCUGUAUUGUUAUGGAAUCGAUAUCCUCGAUCAGCAAACGCAGUCAUAAGUGAACUUUGUUCAACCCUGUUAAGAAGUACACCUCUUGAUUCCAAAGCAACAGAAAGCGACAGAUCGUUGUGCACUGCUUUGUUGCUUUGCUUAGGCGAAUGGUGCAUGAAAUUGGGUCCAGAAAGGUUGCUUGCUCCGUCGGAGUAUGGCGAGAAUCGGGGAAGUUCCUUACUACUACAAGUAUUUACUGCAUUGCACAAGAUAGUUACAGGAAAUCUGGCUGGUUCAAACACAGUGGCCCAAAACAAGUCCACUGUAAACGAAGAUUUCGACCCAAACGUAUCUGCGGAUGAUUUUUAUAACAGUCGCUCUGCAUUAACUGGACGAUCAUCAAAUAGAGGGGGUCAGUCAAAAGCUCAAGAAUGUCAGAAAACUGUCACUUUAUGUGCAGAGACUGUCUUAGCACACCUAGUAAAUCAUUUGGGACAUUUUCCCAUGGCUAUAGGGGCUGCACGUUUAAGCUCACUAGUGGCUGAAAACGACGACGUACCUAAUAUUUCCUCUGACGAUUUGUCUAGUAGUAUUUUUUCAGUGCCGAAUAUACAAUUGUUCAUUUUAACCAAAAAUGUGAUUGCUAGUCUUAUUGAGUUACCUGCACUUGAUUCACCUGGUGGUGGAGCGACAGCUGGAUUACUGACUGCUGACAAACAAGUGAGAGUACUUCUUAGGGAUAUAUCAGGAAAAGCCAGUUGGGAUGCCUCUAUUUUAUAUAGAACACCCGAGAGUAUUCCAGAGAAGGAAGAUGUUCUACCGACACCUUGGGCCUCCGGUGACGUUUAUGGAAACAUCCAACCGGAAAGUUUAAUGAGUGCCACUCUAAUCCCUCACAAUUUGCCUCAGAGAGCAAUGAGAAAUAGACCACCCAACGUUUUGCCUCAUAUUUCAAAUGCUGCACCAGAUCUAGAUCAGUUGGACGACUUGCUUCAAUAUCUGGGUCAUACUAGUCCAGAAUGUUUAGAGUUUCCAAAUAUUAAACUGAACGAACCAGCUUCACCACCGAUUUUUGUUGAAGUUGAACAAGAAAUUAUAGCUUCUAUCGUAAGUCAGAGGAAUGUUGAAGUUGAGGAGGCGAGGUUGAUGCAGCAAUCGAAUUCUAUGUUGGGCAAACCGAUUAUAAACCCGAACUCUGUUCCUAGCAGAAAGAAUAGCACUCAAUCAGAAUCAUCUUCUCUAAAACAAGGAUCUUUUGGAAAUAUUGAACAGAACGCGUUCCAACAAUGCCGUCUCUUAUUUUCCCAGUUGGGUUUGUCUGGGUGGGACAGAAGAAAUCAAGUUCAUUUAUUGGAUAAGAACGAUAGACUGCUAAGAGAACUACGAAAUUUAGACAAUCAAAGCUGCAGAGAGACACAUAAAUUUGCGAUCAUUUACGUGGCUCCAGGACAAGAAGAUAAAAAUUCUAUUUUGUCCAAUCAGUCGGGAAGUGCGGCGUACGAAAAUUUUCUGUCGACUUUAGCUUGGGAAAUUGAGUUGGAAUCUCACACUGGAUUUUUGGGCGGUUUACAAAAGCAGGGCUCCACUGGCAUGACAGCCCCGUAUGUCGCAACAAGCUUUCUUGAAGCUAUAUUUCAUGUGGCUACUAGAAUGCAUGGUGAUAGCGCAGAAGCUGUACUUAGUAAGACAAGACAUUUAGGAAAUGACGAAGUUCAUAUUGUUUGGUCUGAACACAAUAGAGAUUAUAGGAGAGACAUCAUUCCUACCGAGUUCUGUGAUAUACUAAUAGUGAUUUAUCCUUUAGGAAAUAAUUUAAAUAGGGUUACAGUGAACUGUAAGGCAGACGUACCCUAUUUCGGCGUUUUGUUUAACGAGGCUAUAGUAGAAAGUAGCAUUUUAGCUGGCCUAGUAAGAGCCACAGUUGUUUGUGCUAGCAGAUCUAAAAGAAUGACUUACCAGUUUUAUCAACAAUAUUAUGAAGAACGUGCAAAGUCUUUGGAAACUGUUGUGACAAAACAUAAAUAUAGUUCGACUUAUGAAGAGUUCAUAGCCAAAGUUUACAGUCCGUUGCCGUCGGCAAGUCCAUUUUAUCCAUCGGGAUCCUCGAAUACUUCAUGCCCUGACGGCAUUUCGUGUAGCAAUAAUUCCUCUAUGUUGGCGGCUGCUUUAUUAGAUUCGCAUAGUCAUUUGCAUAAAGGUCAGAGGGUCGAUCCAAAAUUUAGAGUAUCAGUGAACGAUUCAUCAAGAAAUGUUUGGAUGAAUCAAACAGACUCCCAAAACGUCGAGUCCAGUAUAUCCCCGAGACCCUUGAAAAAAUUAGGAUCGAAUUUUAAAAGCACCAAGAAAGCCCUGAAGCAUGAUCACUCCGUCGAAUCGCCACCUGAAAGUCCUGUCCAAAUGAUUCGGCGAAAAUAAACAGGUACCUUUAGUUUUUAAGCUUGUCAAAACACAGAAGUCUUUGAUGUAAGAUAGUACUGGGUUUUUGUAAAAAUAUACACGUAAGACUAAAAUUUAAAUUACACUCUAAAUAUUUUUGUUUAUCGUCAAAGUUUAUUUAUUUAUACGUUGAGAGUUAGAUUUUAGUGAUAAUCAAAACUUUAGUUGUUCGAGUUUUAACACUAUUUUUAAUCGACUGUUAUAUUUUUAUUUUGUUUAAUAGUAUAUUUUCAUAAUUAUUUAAUAUCUAAGCCUGAUUAUUUAUUAACUAUUUAUUUAUAAUUAUGUGCAUUUAUCUCGAAAUUAUAUUUCUUUAUUAAUGUCAGUAUUAAGACUGUUUUAAGCACACCACUGUAAAUAGAGGUUAAAUCUAGUUCAAGCUAUAGUGCUUCUCAUCUAACUAUUCCUACAAAAAUCAGCUCAAACUAAAAUUUACAAAAAAAAUGGUUCUGAGGUAGACUCUCUGUUACAAGUCCUUAUUAAAAAUAUUUCGAUUUUUAAGAUAUAUUAACACAUUUAAUUUAUUGUAAUAUUUAAUUAACUUUUCUACUUUUGGGUUAUUCCGCCACUUUUUAAUAAAUACAUUUUAGCAGCAGUUAAAAGAACAAUUUAAUAAAUAAUAAAAAAAUAUGGAAAAAUAAGUUUAUAUUUUCGUUUAAGUCAAGUCCAGCCGUGUUUAUUAUCAUUUGAACUAAAAACAAAAACUAACUUGGCAGAAAUUAUGAUGAAUCCGCUAUAUUGGGAAAAGUUAGGUGAAAAGAACUUUAGCAAAUAAACAUAAGUAAACGAUAAACAUCAUUCGUAAAAUACCUAUCUAUUUAGAAUUUCCUAAUACAAAAUGGCAUUUAGAGGCAACCAUCUAUUUUAGAACUAGACUUUCUGCUAUUUAACAUACCUACCUAAAUAAUAUGAAAACAAACUUCAUAAUUUAUAAAUACAAAAUACUAUCUAUAAAUUAUAAUAUAAAAAAUUCCAAACAAAAAAGCACUUUGGAAAAUAUUUAGUUUUGUACGUUUCAACUGUACGUCUCACAAAGAAAAAAUAAUAAUAAAUAUUAUUUCAAAGGCCACUGUGAUACGGUUGUCUUACGUUAU